CAUGGAGCUCCUGGGGGCCGUCACCCUGGUGCUGGUCAUCGGCCUCUCCUGCCUCCUGCUCCUCUCCAGCUGGAGGCAGAGGCGGGGGGCCGGGAAGAUGCCCCCGGGCCCCCUCCCGCUGCCCCUGCUGGGGAACCUGCUGCAGGUGGAUCUCACCAACAUGCGCAAGUCCCUGCUGGAGAUCAGCGAGCGCUACGGGCCGGUCUACACCCUGCACCUGGGUCCCCGGCGGGUGGUGGUGCUGUGCGGCUACCGGGCUGUGAAGGAGGCCCUGCUGGACCAGGCCGAGGACUUCAGCGGGCGCGGGGAGAUCCCCACCUUCAGCUGGCUCUUCCAGGACUACG